AUGGGCGGCAUUGCGCAGUUUGACAUACAAGGUUGCAUUCUUCGACUAGGUGCCACGGCGGUCGCCGAACUCUCCGCGGAUUGUGCCACCACAGAUGGUGCUGUCCUCUGUAUCAUAAUCCAGGGCAUGAAGUGCGUGUGUGUAAAUGAGUCAACAAUACAGACGGCGAUGCAGAACGCAGAAAGGUAAAGCAAGGGCAAGUACUCACUGCAGCAAGCUCCGGCUUGUCGAUGUCAUCGCCGUACUAAUGAAUAUCGCCAAUGGACAGGGGGCGAUUUUCGUUUCUACGAGCAACCUGUUUUGAAUCGCGUGCGGUUUUCUAUCCGCCCCUGCUUAGUUUCCACAAUGCGUUUGAAACGAGUGGCAGACUUGUUGCGGUUGCCGGUCGUAGUGAAGAUCGGCGCCCCGCUUUUCUUUUUCUUUUGCGCGCGUGGGGGAUUUGGCGGCAGACUACUUCCGAGAGUUCCCACCACAGAUUGCGGAGCGUUGUUGCCGGAAGGGGGGCGGCUUGCUGCACCCGCAAUGUGCUCGCAUGAGGGUGCACAUUAGAUGUGCGUGUGCGUGUGCGUGUGCGUGUGAGUGAAUGUGAUGUGCCUCUGUAACCCCUGGCUUGGUCCCAUUUGCCUUUUCCCGAGCACAAGGUACAAGUUCAUCCGGCCUUUAAAAGACGCACAGUAGAAGAAGAUGUUCUUCGGAAGAAAGUAGAAUCCAUCACAUUCACAACCAAGCGCACACCUCCAACCCACGCACCAACCCACGCACUCAAGCAAUCCAGUGCUUCUGCCCUACCCAACCCCGUCACCAUGUCCCCGAGAAUACUUCUCUCGCUCCUGGUCCCGCUGCUCCUUACUGUCCUUACUCUCGCCAGUCCUUCGCCCCAACUCGUUGACACCGUAGCCAAGCCUGCGACCGCCCCUUCAUGGGCGCUCUCCACGCGCCAAAGUUCUGAAAACGGGGUCAACAUCAUCGCCGGUGGCACCGGCUCCGCUACGGCUUACGGCUCGGAAGUGCACGUCAUCUCAGACACGGAGCUUGGAACCUUUGGCCUGGCCGGUGACGACCUCAAAGCCGCUGUGGGGGCCUAUGCGGGCCGCGAGCCCAACGACGCCUUUGUGCGCAGCCCGACCCCUUGGGACGACCUGUACACGAAAUACAGUUGGCCACAAGUGACGACAACGAUCCGGCCGGUCAGCGCCGAGGCGAUUGACCAAAGCGUGGAACCUGUGAUCGUGGCCGAGGUGCCGUUCAACAACACGUCGUCGCAGACGGCGACGUUUGACGCUUCGGCCAACCAGGAGGUGCGCAACACGGUGAGCACGAGCUGGAGCAACUCUGGGUCGUUCACGUUCACGCAGACGAUGAAUUACGAGGUGGAGUUCCAGGGUACUGGCGGCGGGGUCGAGACGAGCUUCGGGUUCUCGAGGGGGUGGGGCGAGUCCGGCGAGGAGUCGCAGACGAUCGUGGUCGGGCUGACGUCGGGCGCUUCUGUGGAGCUCGAGCCGGGAGAGGCGGUGUUUGCAACGAUCCGAGCAUCCCGGGGAGCGAUGAAGGUCAGGGUGACUUACUUGGCGACGGUUGGCGGGUUGGUGGCGUGCAACUACAACCCCACGCAUAACGACCAUCACUUUUGGGCAUACGAUGUUAAUGGGGUGCUCAGAGCCAAGGAGCUCCCCACGGAAAGGCUGAUCACGCAGGAGAUUGAGGUCGGAUAUUUCUUUGACUCUUACGUGGAGACUUCGGAUGUUAGCCGAAUUCGUUGAUCAUGGUGCGCUUCUUGGAUGACUUCAAUAGAACUGGCAAUCGUUCACGAGAUAUCCAUUGCGACGGUAAAGCGUGUAGCAGUACGACACUGAUAGAGAGCCCUGGGCUUUCUAGUAUCGACCGACCAUAUCCAUAAAUUAUGCUUUCGAGCGCUUUUUCAGCA